AUGUCAGAGCGGAUAGUGUUUGUAUUGGAUGUGUCGAGAAGUAUGCGCGGCGUCCGGAUUAAGGCACUUCACACGGAGACAGCCCGCAGUAUUGAUCGCAUACAUGAUGGUAAUUAUGUAGGUAUCGUGCUGUUCAAUAAAACAGCGUGGACUGCACAUGAAUUAACCAUGAUCACAAGUCAAUCUGUGAGGCAAAGCCUUGUGGCUGCCGUCCCAACCAAUUACAAAGCUAAGGGGACUGACAUCAAGGCCGGUAUUAUGGAAGCGUUAGCUGUGCUCAAACGCGCCAGAGUGCAGACCAAAGGGGCGAAGAUAUUUCUGGCCACCGAUGGCGACCAAACUGUGGGUAAUAAGGAUUAUGUUAGCGAUGUGUUACCGCAUUUAAGAAACGCACAGGUAAACCUGUAUUGUUUGGCAAUCGGUGUGAACGCCGACCCAAAUCUAGAGAGGCUGACAGCAGUAACCGGUGAGAUGUUGUCGUCGAGACCCAGGAGUCAGGUGUUUAGCUCCAAUCGUGCGGACGGCAAGAGUACUGAAAUGUUGGGUCAAGUAAUGGAGGCCGCGAUGAAAGAGGUUAUCACCUCUAAAGAGAUGGCAGAAGUGGUCACUCAUACUGUUGUCAAUGAAGUUGUGGUCAUAAAUGGCAACACAUAUGAGACUCGAGUGCCCAUUGAGGCCGAUAUCGGACGCAACACUCAAAUACAGAUCCGCUCCGAAGCCAUCAAAGACAUCGACGUAGACAUCACCGGCCCGUCGGGUGUCGUAUAUAGUACUACAGGUGGCGGACAAAUAGACAAAAGAUUGGAUGUAAAAGAGUGCAGAAUAUAUUUUAAGUCGACUGAAUCUGGUCUCUGGACUAUUAAAUUAACCAAACAGAUAUCAAGUCCUGUUAGGGCACAUCUGGUGCUUGAGAGUAACCCCACCGGUGCUAAAGCUAUUGACUUACAAGUGUUUCAACGCCCACCCGAAAUAAACUGCCCACCGAUAGUGGUCUGUCGGCUAUGUAAAGGCAAUGACCCAAUUGUGGGCGCUAUAGUCACGGCAACAGUGGACAGACCGGGCGGUACUCAGACUGACCUCCCGUUAAACAUCUAUCACAAAGAGGGCUAUUAUUACGCCUACUUCACUGACUAUAGCGUCGCCGGCAGGUAUAAUGUCAGCGCACUUGCCGUUAAUGAUAGCAACAAUACUAUUUAUCAUGGGACACCUACCGGCCCAUUCCGACGCCAACGAGUGGCCAGCAGUUUUCAAGUAAAGACCGACUGUAUGCCAACCCAACUGCCUCUUGACGAUCACUUUAAUCAACUAUUACUUACCAAUCAAUUUGGUUAUCAACGCAAUACACCCGUAUGUUUGGUGUCAACCAAUACAGUACGAGACACAAAACCGCUACCAGUGCCAGCGCUCAGAAAUAUACCCCUAUUGAGCGAUCAAAUGAAGGCCCUUAAGACCCGGCUGUCAACAAAUUAUAUACGGACUAAACGGGCGGUCGACGGCCUACAGGCGUCCGAAAAGGCAGAUCUGGUCAAUAAGUUGUCCGCUUUUGAGCACUUCUUCUCCUCUAUCCGCGAGACGUCCGCUGAAGAGAUCGAUGGCUAUCAGCGCCGGUUGGAUGAGAUUAAUGAGCAAGUUACGUUAAGAAAACAAGCUCGGUGA